AUGAAGAUCCAUGAGAAGAUUUUGACCCAUUACCUUUCAUGCACCUCUCCAGUAGAUAAAGAAGGAUAUCUCUUUAAAAAGAAAGAGCGAAAUGCCACCUACCAGCGGCGGUGGUUUGUCCUGAAGGCAAACCUGCUUUUCUACCAGGACCGACCGGCUGACCGACACCUGUUGGGGGUCAUCGUCCUGGAAGGGUGUGCAGUCCGACGCUCGGAGACUGACGGACAGUUUUCCUUCUCCCUGGUGUUUGAAGGGCCCGGACUCAAAACAUACAGAUUUGCAGCCGUGGAUCGCCAGUCUCAAGAGAGCUGGGAGAAAGCUUUGCUCUCAGCCAGCCACUGUUACCUCUCCCUGCUGAUGAGAGACCUGGGGAGGCAGUAUGAAGAAGCUAAACAGCUACACGGUGAAUCUUGUCCCAGCUCUGCACUCAGCGCCUUCAAACAGUCCACAACCCAGGUGAACCAGGGCCUCUUCCUCCCUUUGCAGGGGCCCACAGCAGUGGUGAGGGAGGGGCGAAGCUUCAGCGCCAGCACUGUUUUACAACCACGUUCAAUUCCGACUAAGGUGGUUACUAAAAAAUCCCCCAAACUGUGGCACAGGAGAAACGCUCAUGUCACACCACUCAAUGGUCCGGCGCCUUUGUACGGCGAGUGGCCUCUGGUUGGUUUUGAUCCACUCGAGGAGUUCAGCAAACUUCAUGAAUAUUACGGCCAGGAAGUGAAGAAAGCCAGAGAGGAGUGGCUGAAGAGUCAACAAACAGAGGAGCAGCACAGUGAUGAAGAUCUCAUCGACCUGGGGUGAAAAAAACAGACUGUUGAAGAGGAACUGAAAUGGUGCGGUUCAUGUAUGUCAAAAGGGAACUGAACCUGUUCUGUCGUGAGUUAAACUGUAUUUAACAACGCAGAUUUCUAAACCCAGACAUCUGUAAAUGUGCUAAAUAUUCCCCCAUUGCAUACAAUCCGUUUCAGUUUCAUCAUAUGUUAGAUUUAUUUCACAAAGAAACUGAUAUGCUUGAGCCAAGACGGCCUUACAGAGUCCUCGGGACACAAAAAUCUCCACAUAAAGGUGCAGAAGUGCAGAUAGAUAAGUGCUGGUGUCUCUGGUGUUGCGCUUUUUGCACACAAGGUCUUCAGACAAUAAAUAGUGUGCAUAAAAGCCUUUUUGU